AUGAUCGGGGACUUUGAGUACCUGCAACAGCGAGUGGCGCUCCAAGUGGACGUCAUGCGUAAACAUGUAGUGAGUGUAGCUGAAGUAGUUCUGGCUCCAAGGGCUUCAGAAUUGCGGGUAUUGCGACUGCAUGCGCGGCAACUGAAGGUGCGGACGGUACACAUUGACAGCGUUAAGACUAACUUCGAGCAACUUAACUUCUUGAAUGAAGUCGUGGACGAAAAUUACCGAGAUCUGGCAACCUUUGACCUAUUUUAUCGAGGUGCUAUUGUCGCGUCUAAGGAAGGUGAACUUAUUGUCGAAAUUCCGAGAGAAAUUACAUUCCAGGAGGACGACCAAGACGUCGAGGGGUCGAGCAACUUAAGUGAUCACCAUAUGGUUGACAAUACGGAGACAGAAGUUGGUACUCAUUAUGAACAAAAAUUGACAUUAGAUAAUUGGGAUAUAGACCGUUUACCUAAAAGUUCGACAGGUUUUAAGCCAAUUAUUGUAAGAAUCGAGUAUGAGAUUUCCGAACCAAGUGGAGGUUUGAGAUUCGUACUACCAGAUGAAGAGUAUCAACCUAAAAGAUCACCACACAUGUACACUUAUUGUGGACCAUUUGGCGGUCUCUGUGAUGGUGCACGUUCCUGGAUGCCAUGUCGAGAUACACUACGAGAUGCCUGUACGUUCCGGAUUGAGCUGACGGUGCCUGAUUGGUGUGUAGCAGUCUGCAGUGGACAAAUGGUGCAACAAGUGCUGAACCCAGAGAGUGACGCUGAUGGAGUGCAGUGGAGAACAUUCAGAUACGUGGUGAACCCCAAGACCAAUUGCUCAUCCGUGGGUUUUGCCGUCGGUCCUUUUCGACUUUACGUACCACCGGAAAUGCCCAAGAUGACGCACUUUGCACUGCCAGAAUGUUUUGAAGGUCUCGUACAUUGUACAUCGAGGUUAGCGUCGACUAUGACGUAUUUUGAAACAGCACUGGGAGCUUCGUACCCGUUCAAGACGUACCAGCAGGUCUUUGUGGAAGAUCUACCGGACCAGUUGCAGUAUAUUGCUGGAGGGGCCAUUUUAGAUCAGAAUCUGUUACAUGGACCGCGAAUUAUUGAUCGUGAGCUGCCGUCGCAUUUAGCGCAAGUAAAAGGGCUCGUAGGUAGCUGGGUUGGCGGUGCUGUUGGCAUUCAGAGCACAAAGGACGCAUGGGUGCUCAUUGGUGUCAUUGGUCAUCUUGUUAACACAUAUGUUCGAUCAAUUUACGGCGAAGAGGAGUAUGGCUACCGCAUUCAGCUUGCGAUGGAUGCGCUGACCACGAUGGAACUAACAACGGAUCAACUGUCACCUGCACUGCUGUCAUCUGAGGUAGACGUUUAUUCUGAAUAUGAUCCCGUAUCUCUGACAUUACUCGAAGUGAAGGCGCCUCUCGUGCUACACAUGGUUGAGCAGCGCGUCGGCUCAAAGCACUUAAGCAUCGCUAUCCAACGUGCGGUGUCUGGUGGGGGCGCAGGCGUAGUGGCUAGUAGUGCUGCCCAUGGCGGGGGCGAUGUUCAUGCGACCGGAGACGGAAACAAAGAUGAAGAGGCAGAUAAGACUCAAGAUGAUAAGAAAAGUGGUGGACGAUAUGAUGAAGAGGAAGCUGGCGAGGCAGGUAGUGAGGCUGCAAAUGUUGGUGCAGCUGGAAAACUGACGGGUUCGGCUUCGUCCGAGCCCCUGACGACGCUAUCGUUCUUAAAGACGGUGAAGGCAAUUGCAGGUGCUUCGGGCCAGGACCUAACGAAGUCUUUUCUAUCUUUAUGGAUUAUCGAACCUGGAAUGCCGUUCUUUACGGUCGGCUAUUGGUACAAUCGCAAACAGACACAAGCGGAAGUGGUUGUACAACAAGAAAUUCCUCCUGGUGGAAAGCUUUAUAUUGGCCCGAUAACAAUUACGAUCGUAGAGGAUACGAGCGAAUACUCCUACCAGAAACGCAUUGAGCACAAGCGGCAUAAGUUUGACUUUCCAUGCCACUCAAAGGUCCGAAAGAAACGCCGUAAACGUCAGGGACUUGCAGACCCAGACGACUCGGUGUCUGUUAGUGGCCCCGGUAUGGGUUUAAAUGAUACGCCAGUAUUCUGGGUGAAGAUCGACACCGGCUGUGCAUGGCUGAGGCACGUAGUCAUGCACCAACCAGACUUUAACUGGAUGGAGCAGUUGCUGUCCGACAAGAAGGUUGGCUCGCGUGUGCACGCCGCCCGCGCAUUGGCGCUGUUUCAUCGACCACAUGAGAAGCCCAAUGUGAUGUCAUGCAGAGUGCUCACGGAAUGUAUGAGCGGUCUCACGACUCACUCAAGACGGCUGCGUGCCGAAGCUGCCCAAUCGCUGGGUAUUUGGCAAUCAAUCCAUGCACCUCUCACUAACGCAAACACCCAGCUACCAAUUUGGAAAGCAAUGCACAACCUUGUGCGUAUUUUUAAGGAGCAUUUCUUCGAUCGAGUGACGGAUAUGCCACUGCCGAACUAUUUCUUGCCAUCUGGUGGUAAGGUAAUUCUUGAAGCUCUAGGCGCGCAGCAGGCGUCGAUUUCUAGCAAGCAGAUCCAGGUACAGGACUAUGCUGCUGGUGAGUACGAAAUCAAAAAGAGUAUUCCCAAGGCUCUCGCGAUGAUUCGUGCCCAAAGCGGCAAGUCGCCACCAGAGAUCGAGGCCUUCCUGUUGCAGUUGCUUACUGAGAAUGACAACUCGAAGAAUUACAUUGAAAUGGACGAUCAAUCGAAGGUUGCGGACGACUGCUAUUACAUUGGAAACCUAGUGCUUUCAUUGUCCGUCCUGAGCGUUGACCGGCCUGCUCGUUCCGAUGAUGGCGAUACACUUGUUGUGCGUGAGAUUUUGCGCUACCUGCACUACGAUCAGGUGCAGCCAAGUUACAACAAGACAGUAACCGUAUGCUGUCUAGAGGCGCUGUGCAAUCUGGUGUUAGCUGGCCGAUGCGCGGAGAAGCUGGUGAAUUUCCACUCGUUCGCUUCACCGAAACAUUCUAACGUUGUGCGCAAAGUAGCUAUUGAAAGCAUUCUUCGCUUGUACUUUGUUGAAGACCCUAAUGGUCCGAUUGCUAAUGACGACAGUUCUUUGGCCAAGGGAAUGAGCUACUCAAUCGGCUCUAGCGCACACCAGAAGACCAGUCGAGCAUCAACACGAGGGUCGUCUUCCUUGCUAACAAACAAUUACGGAGCCACGGCAGCGAUGUUAUGGCUGUGUGAACUACUGAAGGUAGAACAAUCUCCAGGCAUCCGGUUGUUUGCUGUUCAAGUGUGUUUAAACUGCAUUCGCGGAUUCCCGCCUGGUGUUGGGAAGGAAGUGCUGGCGACGUGGGAUCACAGCUAUACGUUGGGCUUGAUGAAUCAUAUUGAGAUGAAGGCGCCGACAUCGUUUGUUCUCAGCAGCCCGGAGAAGGACAAGAUAUUGGGAUUGUUUGAUCGCCCCGACCUGAGCAAGCUUCGUGACGAUAGCAGCUCAGCCAAGCGUAUCGUUGAAGAGCUGUGGAACUUAAUGAACACGACUGCUGCAAUGGACCAGAGACUGCGUGUGGCGCUCAUCGUCUUAUAUCGAAAGGUGUGGGGUGAAAAUACUCCCAUCUCAGUUGCUCACAUCGUUCAGGACAAGGCCUCCAAUUGGGCUGGUGGCUAUGAAAGUCUUCGACUUAUGAUGGAAGAUAGCAAGAACCGGAUGUCGAUGAGCGGCUCGGGUCGUGGUGGCAACAAUGCUGGUCUUAAUGGCCCUGACGCCAACAAUGGAAUGGGCAGAAAGUCUGAUGACGAUCGAAAGCGAGGUUUUCCAUUUGCUGGCAGUAACUCGACCGAUUCCGCGCUUGAGCAGUUCCGCGGCAAAAAGUUCAAGUUCAAAAUGGGUGAUACAACCUUCCGAUCGCACAAGCUUUAA